GUGAAGCUUCCGGGGUGGUAUUGCUAUACUGCAGCUCAGGUAAAUCAGUGCAUUCGGUUUAUUUUAAUUCGAAUAAAUGGCGACGACUGAAGAAGAAACUCAAAUGUCGGUUAUAUCAGAAUUAUCGGAUCAAGCUCUGCGCCAUUAUGAGGGUCUGCGGAAGGAGCACGAGAAGACCAAACUGGAGUGUAAGAAGCUGAAGCAGGAGAGAGAUGGAGCCCUACAGAAGCUGGGGGAUUUCGAAAGAGUUUCUGAGAGGGUCCUGCAAGAGGUCAGCAGCAUGCAGGAGAACCUGGAGGUGGAAAAGACCUGCAGACAGACGGUGGAGGCUCUGGCAACCAAGCUGAACAGACAGAACCGCUCUCUGAAGAGGAAGAGCAUGAUGUACAUGGCCCACCUGGACGCCACCGUCAUCGCCGAGAUCAACCUGGAUGAGGAUGAUCCUCAGGAGGAGGAGCCUGAUUCCUGUAGCUCCUCCCACUGCCAACUUGUCAUCUCAGACUUGAGGAGUAAAUUAGAGUCGACCCUGGAGGAGAAGAAGCAGGUAUCCAUCAGUCUGGAGACCACAAAGGAGCAGCUGCGCAAAACCAAAGAGGAGCUCCUGCAAGAAAAACAUGAUAAUACUGUUUUGAUUGCCGAAUCGCUCCAACAAAAGAAGCUUUUGGGGAAAUAUAACAGAGUGUCCCGGUAUGCGGUGGAGGAAUACGAGGCCUUGCAGGCUGAUCUGGAGCUGGAGAAGGAUUUGCGUGCCAAGGCGGAGGAUUUCGCCCACAAGAUGCUGGUGGAGCAGAAGAAGCUGAAGAGACAGAGCCAGGCUCUGAUGCAGGGCAUGUCCCCUUCGGAAGCGCUGCAGAACGCCCUGAAAGAGAUCACCUCGCUCACGCACAGACUGGAAACGCAACGCCUGGAACAUCAGCAACAGCUAAAGCGUUUAGAAGAUGAACUGCAGGGCUCGGAGUUGAAGAAGCAGCUGGGAGCGAUGGGGAGGAAGAUUGCAGUGCUGGAGGAGGAGCGCCGAGAGAACAUGGAGAAAAGUUCCAAAAUGGAGACGGAGGCCAAAGAUCUCCGCUUUACUGUGGGGGAACUGCAGAAGAAGCUCCAGCAAGUGUCGAACCCCGUGCCUGCUCCCGCACCUCCUCCACCUCCUCCCCCUCCACCUCCUCCCCCGCCUCCACCUUCAGUGUCCACCAACCCUCUCAGCUCGCUCAUGUCGAUGCUGCGUAAGAAAAAAGCCGUCACCACUGAGAUUUCACUCGUAGAAAAAGACGCACCAGCCAAAGAUCCAGAGAAGGACAUCCGGCAGCAGGCGGUGACGGAGAUGAUGGAAAGGAUUAAAGGAGGCAUUCAGCUCCGGCCAGUCGGCCAAACGGGCAACAGAGCCAGACCGCCUCAGAGAGAGCGAAUACCAUCGGGUUCUGCCAUUCAUGAGCUCAAAGGGAUUUUGAGCUCAGUGAAGCGCCCCUCGCCGUGCCCCUCUCCCCCAGCCAGACCCUCCUCACCAGAACCGCAGUCUGAACUUCAAAAGGCUUUACAGAAACGACGAGGUGCGCUGGAGACGGCCAGCGAUAACGCGGCAUCAUCGCAGGUUUUUCCCAGUAGCGUUCUGGACCUGACCCGAGUGAAACUGGCUCCUACUGGUGCUGCUCAGAGCCCGAACCAUCACACCAUUCAACACUGACAACUCAGCAACUCAGCUGGAGCGAAAUGAAUCGGCACGUUCCGGCCAAUCGGAAUUGAGGAUUCAACAGCGGCGUCGUUUCUGUCUUGUGGGACCGGAGCGUGAUGGAACACAAGCCGUCUGAUCCGUCAGUGUUCUGUUAACUCCUCCGGUUUGAUCACACACGGCAGCUUCACCUCCCUCGUCCGCGCUCAUUAAAAACACAAACAAAAAAUUUUUUGCAUUUUUUUGAUCACAUUUAGCCCAAUAACUCAACACAAUCAGUUCAUGUGACGGCGAAGAGGGGAAACGGUGUCGAAAUAAAAGUGUACAACUGGUGGAUAA